GAAAAGCGGAAGUCGCGGGGUCUUCUAAGUCAGAAAGCCUCGGGAGCUGGUCCCGGUGAUUGCAGCGCCCUGCACACAGACCAGGUCUUGGAGGAAGCUUGGCGAGAAGGUGUCGUUGCUGGCGCUGAGACCGGGAGACCAGAUUUCUCAGGGAUGAACCUCGAGCUGCUGGAGCCCUAGAAAGAGUGUCAUUCUCCAUCACAUGGUGUGACUUUCAUGAGCUGUAGGGGUACUGGGAUGCUGCACGGGGCCCACCAACUCUCUUUGUUUUGUUGCAGAGUCCUUUGGGCAGAACUAUCCAGAGGAAGCUGAUGGGACUUUGGAUUGUAUCAGCAUGGCCCUUACUUGCACCUUUAACAGGUGGGGCACACUGCUUGCAGUUGGCUGUAAUGAUGGCCGGAUUGUCAUCUGGGAUUUCUUGACAAGAGGCAUUGCUAAAAUAAUCAGUGCACACAUCCAUCCAGUCUGUUCUUUAUGCUGGAGUAGAGAUGGUCAUAAGCUCGUGAGUGCUUCCACUGAUAACAUAGUGUCACAAUGGGAUGUUCUUUCAGGCGAUUGCGACCAGAGGUUUCGAUUCCCUUCCCCCAUCUUAAAAGUCCAGUAUCAUCCACGUGAUCAGAACAAGGUUCUAGUGUGUCCCAUGAAAUCUGCUCCUGUCAUGUUGACCCUUUCAGAUUCCAGGCAUGUCGUUCUGCCAGUGGAUGAUGACUCGGAUUUGAAUGUGGUUGCCUCUUUUGAUAGACGAGGGGAAUAUAUCUAUACAGGAAAUGCCAAAGGCAAGAUUUUGGUCCUCAAAACAGAUUCUCAGGAUCUUGUUGCUUCCUUCAGAGUAACAACUGGAACAAGCAAUACCACAGCCAUUAAGUCCAUAGAGUUUGCCCGGAAGGGAAGUUGCUUCUUAAUUAACACAGCAGAUCGAAUUAUCAGAGUGUAUGAUGGCAGAGAAAUCUUAACCUGUGGAAGAGAUGGAGAGCCUGAACCCAUGCAGAAAUUACAGGAUUUGGUAAAUCGGACCCCAUGGAAGAAAUGUUGUUUCUCUGGGGAUGGGGAGUACAUAGUGGCGGGUUCAGCCCGGCAGCAUGCCCUGUACAUCUGGGAGAAGAGCAUUGGCAACCUGGUAAAGAUUCUCCACGGCACAAGAGGAGAACUUCUGCUGGACGUUGCUUGGCAUCCUGUUCGGCCCAUCAUAGCAUCCAUCUCUAGUGGUGUGGUAUCAAUCUGGGCUCAGAAUCAAGUAGAAAAUUGGAGUGCAUUUGCACCGGAUUUCAAAGAGUUGGAUGAAAAUGUAGAAUAUGAGGAAAGAGAAUCAGAAUUUGAUAUUGAAGAUGAAGAUAAGAGUGAACCUGAGCAGACAGGUGCUGAUGCCGCUGAGGAUGAAGAGGUAGAUGUCACCAGUGUGGACCCCAUUGCUGCUUUUUGUAGUAGUGAUGAAGAACUGGAAGAUUCAAAGGCUCUGUUAUAUUUACCCAUUGCCCCUGAGGUUGAAGACCCAGAAGAAAAUCCUUAUGGCCCCCCACCAGAUGCAGUCCAAACCUCCUUGAUGGAUGAAGGGGCUAGUUCAGAGAAGAAGAGGCAGUCUUCAGCAGAUGGGUCCCAACCACCUAAGAAGAAACCCAAAACAACCAAUAUAGAACUUCAAGGAGUACCAAAUGAUGAAGUCCAUCCACUACUGGGUGUGAAGGGGGAUGGCAAAUCCAAGAAGAAGCAAGCAGGCCGGCCUAAAGGAUCAAAAGGUAAAGAGAAAGAUUCUCCAUUUAAACCGAAACUCUACAAAGGGGACAGAGGUUUACCUCUGGAAGGAUCAGCGAAGGGUAAAGUGCAGGCGGAACUCAGCCAGCCCUUGACAGCAGGGGGAGCGAUCUCAGAACUGUUAUGAAGACUCUUGAAGUUUCUUCGUUCUUUCCCUACUUUGCCAUCAUGUGGCUUCUGGACACUGUGGUCAGUCAUUUGAGAUUGACUUUAAUUUAAGGACAGAAUUUUAUGUUUGAAUGAAGAAGUGAAUUAUGGAAGAAGAAUACACAUCCCUUUCCUUUCAAGCAUAAGUUCAAAUAGGCUCUCAGGAAUGAGGACUUGUGAAGACAUUGAAUGGGAGUUUUGACUCACUUGAAUUUUAAUGCUUACUUACAUUGCUGGAGAAAAGAUACCUGUUUUGCUCAUCAAA